AUUCCUCAUGUACUGGAUCACCCAUUUGUGCUGCUGGUCUACCGUCGCCGUGGCGACGACGCACGCUUUCUUUCUGCCCAGCCACACCGCCCUCGGUACCGUGCCGUGGCUGCGGACUGAUCACCCAGUUGUCCUCCGGAACAGUCUCGAUGCUGACAAUGUCGUGACAAUACCCAACGGCGGCGCCCAAACACCCAACGCCGACGUCACUCCGGAACGUACCAUUCGAGACGUUUACGAAGCCAAGACGUCUUCCAAGUUUGCACGCUAUCAACAAGAGUACCAGGCCAGUAUCCGGGACGUGGCCGCCUUUUGGAACCAACAAGCCCUCGAGUAUCUGGUGUGGGAUCGACCCUUCGAUCACGUCCUGCAGGGAUCCUUGGAACAGGGCAACGUGGCCUGGUUCACCGGUGGCAAGCUCAACACGGCCUACAACGCCAUUGAUCGGCACGUCCAAGCCGGUAAGGGAGCGCAGACGGCCAUUCUCUGGGAAGGCGACGAGCCCCAUGACGUACGGGCCGUUACCUACGACGCCCUCCUCGCCAAAGUGGCGCAGAUUGCCAACGCCCUCCGCGCCCAAGGAGUGGGAAAAGGCGACGUUGUCACCAUUUACAUGCCCAUGAUACCCGAACUCGCCAUGACCAUGCUCGCCUGUGCCCGGAUCGGUGCCGUCCACUCGGUCGUCUUUGCCGGAUUCUCCGCCGAAGCCCUCGCCCAGCGCGUCGUGGCGGCCGACAGUGCCGUCAUUGUCACGGCCGAUCAAGGCGCACGCGGAGGCAAGAGCAUUCCGCUCAAGAAUAUCGUCAACGAUGCCCUGACGAAAAUGAACACCAACGACGUUGUGGACAAGGUGCUGGUCUGGGAACGCUACUUUGAUCACGAUGCCCUCCAUCCGGAAGAAACCGAGCCUACCUACGAGAUGCAACCCAAAGAUGUACGCAUGGAUGUACUCGUGGCCGCGCAACGACCCUACUGUCCCCCGGUCUCUAUGGAUGCCGAAGACAAUCUGUUUAUUCUCUACACCAGCGGAUCAACGGGACAACCCAAAGGGGUGGUGCACACCGUCGGUGGAUACUCUCUCUACGCCGCGUUUACCACUAAAAAUACCUUUGAUUUGACGGACGGCGAUAUCUUUGCCUGUGUUGCCGAUUGUGGUUGGAUCACGGGACACACGUACGUCGUAUACGGGGCUCUUUUGAACGGCAGUACCACUUUCAUGUUCGAAUCCACACCGCUCUACCCCGAUACCGGUAGAUACUGGGAUAUGGUCCAGCGACACCGUAUUACACAAUUCUACACGGCUCCGACAGCCAUUCGAUCCUUGAUGCGUUACGGAGAAGACAUUCCGCACAGGUACGAUCUGUCCUCUCUCAAAGUUUUGGGGUCGGUCGGUGAACCAAUCAAUCCUGAAGCUUGGCGAUGGUACUAUGAAGAAGUUGGCCGAUCUCGUUGUACCGUCGUGGAUACGUACUGGCAAACCGAAACGGGGGGACACGUUAUCAGCAAUUUACCCGGCAUUACGCCCAUGAAACCAGGCUCCUGUACGGUUCCCCUGUACGGUAUUGACGCUGUCGUCCUGGACGCAGUGGACGGACACGUGCUCGAGCCAAAAGACGGCGAAAGCACCGAAGGUGUUUUGGCAAUUCGUCAACCUUGGCCGGGGAUGGCCCGGACCUGUCUCGGCGAUCACGAACGGUACCAACUCGUCUACACCAAACCCUAUCCCGGUUACUACUUUACCGGCGACUCGGUGAUGCGCGACAAGGACGGAUUUUUCUUCAUCACCGGCCGCGUUGACGAUGUACUGAACGUUUCCGGACACCGCAUCGGGACGGCCGAAGUCGAAUCGGCCUUGGUGCUGCAUCCCGCCGUGUCUCAGGCUGCUGUGGUCGGCAAGGCUCACGACGUCAAGGGACAGGGUAUCGUGGGGUUCGUCACACUGGACGUCAACCAUGAAGAGUCACCUGAACUCUUGCUGGAACUGCGGAAUCAGGUGCGGUCCGAAAUUGGUCCGUUUGCGGCACCGGACAAGUUGUACAUAACACCAUCCUUGCCCAUGACGCGCUCGGGAAAGAUUAUGCGACGCAUUCUUCGCAAAAUUGUGGCGGGGGAAGUGGACACGCUUGGCGACACGUCCACGUUGGCGGAUCCGUCCGUCGUCGAUGAUUUGAUUGCGCAAGUUCAAGCAAGUGAAGAUAAGAAAUAGUGCUUGUCGCUCCGAACUUUGGACAAACUUGGCGUUCAUGCUUGGCACCUCCUUGAGAGUACGUGAGAACGUUGUCGAACAUGUGAUCUUGCCUUUCGCAGUAGUCAUUGCGAAAAUGGCGUGGCAACCUGGUACGACAAGUAAGUACAAUAGAAGAUUCACGCCGAAGAGGCAAAAAGUUGCACUCCUGCGUAUAUAUGCGUAAUGCUAGGCCACGUCUGGCAAGAGUAUGUGAUGAUACUUCAUUGCACGCAUUCCUUGUGUCUGAACUUGCCUCAAAACGUUUA